AUGACCCUGGUAGUUCCUAUCGAAGCAAGACAAGUUGAUCACGCACCAUCAAUCCAAACACCUCUAAUAGACGUGAGCAACGUUUUAUCAACCAAAGAUCAGUUGCCAUGUCGAGUGCUUUUUAAAAUGGAGCUGGAACAACCUUCUGGAAGUUUUAAAUUGAGAGGAAUCGGCCACUUAGUUCAACAAUCCAUUGCUUCGGCUCGAGCAAAAGGACAUACAAGACUUCAUGUUAUUGCUUCUUCAGGAGGAAACGCCGGAAUAGCAGCAGCAUAUUCCGCUAGAUUUUAUGAUGUUCCCUGUACAGUUGUUGUACCUCUGAAGACAAUGCCACAUGUUGUUAACAGGCUCCAUGAUUUGGGUGCAAAUGUCAUUAUUCAUGGAAACUCAAUUAACGAAGCGAGCCAACAUGCAAAAGACCUCAUGCACACAUUUGAAAAUGAUGUUCAUUCCAUUUACUGUCAUCCUUUUGACAAUAAUUUGAUUUGGGAUGGGCAUUCUGCGAUAGUAGAUGAGAUCAUGGAACAGCUUACACCGGAAGAGACAAAAAUGCUCAGAGGUGUGGCUUGUUCUGUUGGAGGUGGCGGACUUUACAAUGGUAUCAUCCAAGGUUUGAGAAAGCACAGGUCAACAGCAUCCUGUUUGUUGGUGGAAACAAAGCAAGCCCCAACUUUAAGCCAAGCGGUCCGAGAAGGCGCCGUGGUGAAUUUGAAAUCAGUGGAUUCCAUUGCCACUUCAUUAGCAUGCUCUUAUGUACCAGAAGAGACCUUAAGAAACUUUAUGCAUUGUGAAACCAACACGUCAUUCAUACGGGCUAUUGAUGACCUUGAUGCCGUUAAGGCUUCUUUAAGGUUUUAUAAUGAUUUUGGGAAACUUAUUGAACCUGCUUGCGGAGCAGCAGUCUCUGUAGUCUACAAUCAGUUGGACUACUUGGGUAUAUGCUUGAAUGAUUUGAAGAAGGAUGAUAUUGUGGUUGUUGUGGUAUGUGGUGGAUCCUGUGCUAAUGAAGAAACUUUGCAGAAGUUCAAGCGUAUGGUGAGAGAGUGCCACCUUUGA